AUGUCGCCCUACAGGAUAGUGUUUGACAAGAUGUGCCACUUGCCCGUGGAGAUAAAACACCGAGCAUAUUGGGCGGUCAAGGAGAUCAAUAUGAAACCCCAAUCCUGCGAGGAAGAGCGGAAAUUGCAACUUCAAGAGCUGGAAGAGCUAAGACUGGAGUCAUAUGAGUCUGCAAUGUGGUACAAGGAGAAGACGAAGCUCUGGCAUGACCAAAGUCUCCGGGUCAAGGAACUACAAGUGGGUCAGAAGGUCCUCCUUUUUCAAUCUAGGCUCAAGCUGAUGCCUGGGAAGUUGAAGUCCCAAGUGGAUCGGGCCAUACACUAUUGUUGGCCUUCGAGCAAAUGGAGCUGUGAAAAUCCAGGGCAGUGCCUCAAACUCUACUCAUUUCCUUGUCAAUGGUCAUCGGGUAAAGGUUUUUAG